GCUUGAACCGACGCGAUCACAAAAAUAUUUCCUACGAGAUGACAUAAAAGUUGGGCUUAGAAUCCAAAUUAUAAUUUUAACCCCUUUUUGGGCCCAACGUUGUAUGUAGCCGCGAGGGUAAAAAACAUGUCCCCACAAUAUCCCUCAACGAUGCAUCACAUGACAAUGGACAUGCUGCGUUACCUAAACCUGGGAGAAGAAGACGCAUUUCUAAGCGUAUAGGCUGUAUGGCACGUGUUGCAUUUCGCAUCCUUGGACAUGAUGGUUACGUUCUCAGCAUAUUCAAAGAACAGCACAAUCAUCCUCUCACUUCUCCCCCCUACAGGCCAUUUUUGAAGAUCAACAGGAACAUUGAUCUAGGCCAUAAGAAGUCCAUACUCAACUGUGCUAAAGCGAAUAUUGGCACCAUGAAAUCAUACCGACUUUUCAAGGAGUCUGUUGGUGGGUAUUCAAGUGUUGGUGCUACUGCUGUGGACUUCAAAAACUUCAAAUGCGAUUUGAAGGCCUAUAUUGGUGGUGGAGAUGCUCAAAUGGUCAUUGACAAAUUAUUCCGAAAAUCAGAAGUAUGCCCUGGAUUUAGGUACAUGAUGAUAUUCACUCCGUUCACUGGUGUCGACAACCAUAAAAAGUGCGUGACAUUCGGCUUUGGCUUACUGUCAAGCGAGGACGCUGAGUCAUAUUCAUGGUUGUUGAGAUCAUUCAUGAACGCGAUGGGGAAUGCUCCAAGCUGCAUCAUAACUGAUCAAGAUCCUUCAAUGCGAAUUGCAAUAGAAGAAGUCUUACCACAAACCAAGCAUCGCUAUUGCAUGUGGCAUAUUAUGAACAAACUAUCAGGGAAAGUUGGUCUGGUGUUAAGAAAGGAUACGGAAUUCAUGAAUCGCAUUAAUCAGGUGGUCUGGACUCAUUACUUGGACAAAAAAGAAUGGAAAGCACAAUGGCGCAGUGUUAUGGCAGACUACAACCUCACGGAGCAUUCGUGGUUCAAGUCACUAUACACGUUACGUAAGUUUUGGAUACCAGCCUAUUUCAGGGAUCUAUUUAUGGCCGGGCUAUUGCGCACUAUGUCUAGAUCAGAGAGUGAAAACAGUUUCUUUGACGAUUUCACCGACCGCAACUUUAGCCUAGUUGAAUUAUUAAUGCAAUUCGAGAGUGCAAUGGAGGACCAACAGUUCAAAUUUACUCGUUUGAACUCAGAAUCCGAGUCGGGGAUUCCAGUGUUCAAAACCCCAUUAAAGAUUGAGAAACACGCUGCAUCGUUAUUCACUCUCUCUGUCUUUUAUGAUGUGCAAAAAGAGAUUUGUGCAUCCUGCUUUUCAUGCUCUAUUGUAUGUAUCCAAAACAGUGAGGAUGCUUCCGAGUAUCAGAUCAGUGAUGUAAGUGGGAUGAUAUCAAUUGUCCACUACUGUGAACGCGAUGGGACUGCGCAUUGCACUUGCAAAAACUACGAACGCAUUGGCUUGCUAUGCAGGCACAUCUUUGUGGUUUUCAAAACCUGAAAAUAGAAAAGAUCCCCGACUUGUAUGUUACCCACCGCUGGUGCAAAUUCCACUUGCUCAAACCAAUGUUCGAUGUCGGUUGCUCAGAAAUGGACAAGGUAUCAUUUACGGAUCAAAAUAAGACUCUUGUUUCUCG